AUGUACGGCUCCGGCGAUGGUUUGAUGGCGUCAGAUGGCGCUGUCUGGCUCCUAUAUAUAUUCAAGUUACCUUUAGAUCAUGCCCCGUCCCGCGCGACCUCGUCCAUUCGUUUGAAAAUGUCUCGGAUAGCUGCUGCUCUCAUUGUCUACGAACAUAUCCUCACGUCGGGUGAUGAGAUACGAUUAAAAUGGGGAUACCGUAGACUUAUCGUAGCAAUCUGUUUCUACCUCAAUCGUCUGACGCUUCUGGCCCUCGGAAUAACGGGUCUGCUGCUAGUAUUGCCAUGGAAACAUAAGAUGCUGUGUAUCAUAGCUAUUACCGCAGCUGUGUCGGCCUUUCGAACUUACCUUGCGGGCAAUCGCAGCUGGUGCUUAGCAGGGGUUGCUCUAGCCUUCGGGCUGGUACCCGUAGGCACAAACCUGGUCAAUACUACGACAUCAGACCUUACUCUUUCCUUGCUGAUACUCACGGACUAUAGUACCGAUUCUCCAGAGUAUCCGUCGAAUUCUCAGUCGACCAUGGGAUCGCGUACUGUGAAGGCAACUUCAAGCUGUCUACCACAGAGGAAGACAGGCUCACGCCAUGUCUUAGAAGUGAGGUUUGCGGACAGUGUCCUUGGAUUCUUGGCUAACCAGAUGCACAGUUAUUAUUGCAACACGAGCAUGUGCGAUAGCGUGCGAUGCGACGGUAAUCCUGGUGACAUGGAGCAACAUGUACAGUACAGGUCCCUGUAUUUCAUAGCGCUCCUCCUGCUGAACGUCAUCGACAUGGUAACCUAUUACCUGAAUCAUCUCAUCGGGAACUUGACGGCGUUCAUCCUACCCCUUUCGUCUGUCCUAAUAUCGCGGCUGCUCUUCAAUCUGCGUGAUGCCACCCAUCGCUAUGAGGAGGGCAAUACUCCAUCCCUUGCCUGCACGAUCUCUGACACCGCCUAUCCUUCAUUUGAUGCUGAACGCCAGGCGUGGCACAUCAAGAUCGAAGAUGCGGAACAACGAUAUGACAGCGACGAUGAACUUUUCGAUGACGAUGAAUUCAUGGAUGAUGAUGCUACUUUGUGCGACACGACACGUCAACGCGUUUGUGACCCCCUCAACACCGUGUAA